GGUGCACCUGCGGCUCUCUCUGUGCGACUUGACUCUCUCCUCCCGUACAGUCUCGCAUUGAGGGCUUGAAGCCGCAUAAACGCCGUUUUUUUUUCACAAUGCGGGCGUGAGGAGCCUCCAUGUAGUUCAAAGAAAAACGGAGGGGCUUUGAGGAGGGAGGGUCACCGGCUUCACAACCGAGCCUGUGCGCCAGGCACCGGGAGGAAUAAAAUGUCGAACCGAAAGCACCGGGACAACCAGGAGAUCUGCGCCCGCAAGGUCCGUGAGCUGGCCCAGUCUGGAGUAAACAAACACUGCUUCGAGUGCAACCAGCCCGGGGUGACUUACACCGACAUCACGGUGGGCAGCUUCGUCUGCACGUCGUGCUCCGGAAUGCUGAGAGGCCUCAACCCUCCCCACAGAGUCAAGUCUAUCUCCAUGACAACCUUCUCCCAACAGGAAGUGGAAUUCCUCCAAAACCAUGGCAACGAGGUCGGCAGGAGGACUUGGCUGUGUGUGUUUGACCCAAAGACGGACGGUUGCUCCGACAUGAAAGAUUCUCAGAAGUUCAAAGAGUUCCUACAGGACAAAUACGAGAAGAAAAAGUGGCAUUUUUCUAAAAGUAAGAACCGGAGGGAUGUCGAGGGUCCUUGGAGCCCAGGGGUCCAGGCCGUGCCCCCUUCCCAUGGUCCCUUAGCGAACCAGGCCCCCUCCCAUAACCUGCCCCCCAACGCCAGGUCCACAAGGCCGCUGUCUCAGUCCCAGCUGCCGCCAUGGGAUCGAGCUCCUGCGAUUUCCCCCGCCGACAUGCGGACAGACGUGUUCACCGCUCGGCCGUCGCGCUCCCAAAGCUUCAGAGACCCCUCUCUGAAAGAUCCCACAAUGUGUGGGAUAGAAAGACAGCGGCCAGGCUCCCUGUCGUCAGCGCUGGGAGCUCAGAGCCACGCGCCCUCAUUCCCCGCCCUCCCACGGCCCUCAGCCAGUAGCUCUUUCAAAAACCACUUCACUUUAGGUCGUACAAUAUCGGCCUCGGGGGCCACAGGACCCUUCAGGGCCUUCCCCAAGUCUCUCAGCGUCGACUUUGGAGGUCUGAGCCAUCCUCAGGUGCAGCCUCUGCCCCAGUCUCUGUCCCAGCAGCAUCAUCAGCAGCCUGGAAGUGUCGGCCAGACGACGCCGCCAGUCAGCAGCUCCAACGCCCAGGACAGAUACGCUGCGGUGUUACAGCUGGACAGCGCCUUCUCCGACACGUCAUCAGCCACAGCUCCACCUGGUGGUCCUCCGCAGUACAACGCCAUCUUCGGCAGCAGGCUCUCGUCAAGCUCUACUCCUGCCAGUUCCCCCGGUGUCGAUACGGUCUCCGGCUCCCAGACCUUUGCAAAUUUCCCCAACCCAUUCAGCUCCAGCUCCCAGCAGCCCGUUGCCCUCUCCCCCAGUAACCCCUUCAGCAACGCAUCAGGAGGUGAGGCGACUUCCAGUGCGUUUGUCACCUCGCCCACCUCCGUAUUUCCUUCGUCUGCCUCCUUCCCAGCACCCACCACCCAGAAUGCAUUUCCUCAUGAGUCAGCCAGCAACCAGGAAGCCAACGGUUUUGCCUCCUUCCCUGCGUCCGACUCUCAGCCCAAAGUCCCUCGUCCGAUGUCGGUGAACCCGUUUACGGGGAAUGUUUACCCCAGUCGAGGGACAUCGCGAAAUCCUUUCAUCUGACACCCCCCCCCCUCACACACACACACACACACACACACUC